UGGACGGCCUCAUACUCAGAAUCGGGUAGAGCAUGGCCACCUUGCGAAGCCUGCGGGAGGUGCCGCGGCACCUGCUGGUCUGCGAGAAAUCCAACUUUGGUCACGGCAAGUCCCGCCACCGGCACCUCGUGGAGACGCACUAUCACAAUUACCGGGUCCUUGGAUGGCCCUGGGUGGUGCAAACGAUUUGGAGUGGACUACUAACCUAGGAAUGGAAGUUCACAUCCACUCAGUGAUGCUGCAGAAGAAAUGCCUGGCCAUCUGCUUCCAUAAAGAUUACAGCCGAGGAAACUCUAUGGCAGUUUUACGGAGUUCUACUCUGUAACACAUGGGACCGCCAUUAGUGAGAAUUGACUUUAUAGGUUAUGGAUUAUAUGUCCUUGAAAAUGAAUUAAAGUAGUAAAAGGAAUAGGAAAUAAAAUAUAUUGCUCAUUUGCAAAAGAUAAAAAGUUUCAUUUCUGAUUCCUGAAUGUGGGAUACUAUCAAAGGAGCUGAAAAGCCUGGUCAUGGAAACUGGACCCUAUUACUUUGUGAAGAAUUUGCCUCUUCAUGAAUUAAUUUCACAUGAAUUCAUCAACACGUUUGUAAAGAAAGGUGCAUGCUAUGCACUAACAUACAAUACAAAUAUUGAUGAAGAUAAUACUGUUGCCCUACUACCAAAUGGGAAAUUAAUUUUAUCACUGGAUAAAGACACUUAUGAAGAAACUGGACUUCAAGGUCAUCCGUCUCAGUAUUCUGGCAGAAAAAUCAUGAAAUUUAUUGUUUCCAUUGAUUUGAUGGAUUUUUCCUUUAACCCGGAUUCCAAGAACUAUAAAAGAACAUCUUGGUCCUUCAAAGAAAAGAAGCCGUUAAAAUUUGAUUUUCUUUUGGCUUGGCAUCCUACAGGUGCAGAAGAAUCAACGAUGAUGUCAUACUUUUCCAGUUACCAAAUUCAGGAGCAGCAGCCAGAAAUAGCCCUGAGCACACUGACGGACCUGCAGUGCCCAGUGCUGCAGAGCCAUGCACUCCGGGGGGCAGCUGAGGCAGCCUGCAGCGCCCAGGAGCUCUGGGACUGGCUGGGAGCUGUCUUCAGUCACGUCAACCUAAACAAUGAGCCUAAUAAUUUCUUAUCAACCUAUUACUGUCCUCAGCCAAGCACAGUGGUGACAAAAGCUUAUUUAUGUACAAUCACUGGUUUCCUACUUCCAGAGAAGAUCAAUCUCUUACUGGAACAACUGUGUCACUACUUUGACGAACCAAAGUUAGCUCCUUGGGUUUCCUUGUCUGUUCAAGGCUUUGCAGACAGCCCAGUUUCUUGGAGAGAAAAUGAACAUGGCUUUCGAAAAGGAGGAGAACAUUUGUACAACUUUGUGAUUUUUAAUAACCAGGACUAUUGGCUUCAGAUGGCUGUUGGGGCAAAUGAUGACUGUCCACCAUAAAAACAAUAAAUAAAUAAAUUUAAAAUAAUGUUUUUUAAAUGAUUGUUUUUUAGAUUCUUUAGAUUAUUCAGGCUUAUAGGGUGACGAUCAUUUCUGAUACAAUCUCUUAUAUCAGCCUCAGCUACCAUUCUGCCCUGGACAUAGGGCCUGUCCUCCAGUGAAAAGCUCAUAGUUGGUUUCUGCCUCUCAGCAUGAGCCCAGAGAGUGGUUUACCACAUGAUUGGGGGGAGGGGCUGGAUGGCCAGAGGACCGGGUGUCAUUGGACCAUUGGGUAAGGUGGUUGGUGUUACACAGGAUGAAAAUGUUUCAACGUUUUCAAGUAAUAAAUCCUUAUACUUACCCAAGCGAGGCCCUGUUUUAAGUUGUGUUCAUAUAUUAACUCAUUUAUUUCUGUGGCACAACAUAGAAACAAGCUACCCAGUGUCAGACUGCUAGUGGAUCUGAGACUUGACCUCAGUGCAGACUAGUUCCUGAGUGUGUUUUUACUCUACUACCCCUGGAUCAGAGCCCUGGUGGUGCAAUGGUUAAGAGCUACAGCAAGCUAUGGCUGCUAACCGAAAAAGGGCGCCAGUUUGAAUCCACCAGCCGCUCCUUAGAAACCCUGUGGGGCAGUUCUGCUCUGUCCUGCAGGGUCCUAUGAGUUAGAAUUGACUCAACGGCACUUAACAGCACAACAGCAAUUCUGGAUCAGAGAGGGGUAUGUCAGUACUGUAAAUUGUUAAAGAGCAAGUUGAAAGAAUUUUAUUUCCAGCAGUAUGUCUGAUUAGAUAUAAGGACCUGCUGAAAACAACUAAAAUCUGGAGUAUAUAUCAAGAACGAUUUUAAAAAAUGUAUCAAUGAGCUGCAAAAUAUUUCUCAAAGGCAAAAAAAAAUUUUGAAAAGUGGUACAAAAUAAGAAUCCUCAAAAAAAUAAAAAAUAUGGAAGUAGAAGCCCAGAGGAGUAUUUAGGGCACUGAUGCCACUUUUUACUCUUAGGACAUUUGCCAGCCAAAUGUCAAAUUGAACUUGGCUUUUCAAAAAAGCCUGGGAUGGGGAAGGGACGAUAAACAGCAGAGAAAAGCCUAGGGCCUGCCCAAAGUAGGAAGACUAUAGGAGACCUCAUAAAGUUGAGACCUACCCCCGCCCCCAAAAGAGAGAGGUUUAGCAUAAAAAUGAACUAUGAAUAAAUCUGUUCCAUUCUACCUUCCUCCCCAGGAACAACAAGAAAGAUUGUCCCAAGGGCAGCCCAUAAGCUGGGUAGUCUUAAUAAGUGUCCGCUUAAAAUUUAAAGUGAUACCAGGUUUUUAGUGCCUUCCAGGUGACUGGCAAAAGCAAAAUAGAUUCUUUUUGGAGGAACUCAGAGAUAGUUUCAAGGAGUAUGAGUUCACAGUCACAAAUCACAAACAAAAUAGGCAUCAUGAGCAAGAGCCAGCAAAAACAAGGCCGAAGAAACAGACCUACAAAGACUUAAGAUAUUAGAAUUACCAAACACAAAAUAUAUUUUUAUGCCUAAAGAACAGGAAUUGUAGAACAUGAAUAUAAAAAUGAUCAAGCAGGUUGGGAAACUUACCAAAUGAAAGUACCAAAUGAAAAAUAUUGGAAUUGAAAUUAAAAGUGCAAUGGAUUGGUUUAACAGCAGAUUAGACAGCACUGAAAAGAUAAUUCAUAAUAAAGACAUUUUCAAACAUAAAAUCUGAGACUUUAUCACCAGCAGACCCACACUACAAGAAAAGUUAAAGGACGUCCUUCAGGUAGGAGGAAAUUGAUAGCAAAUGGAAAUCUGGAUUUGCACAAAGGAAUGAAGAACAAUGGAAAUGGUAACAACAUGGAUAAGUAUAUAAGAAGUAUUAAGCCUCUUUAAAAAGAUAAUUGCUUAAACAAUAAUAAAGGAGUGUGGGAUUUAUAACACAUGUAAAAGCAAAAUGGAUGACAGUGAUGGCAUAAAGACCAGAUUGAAGAAAUAAGUAUGCUAUUGUAAGUAAGGUUAUUAAACUAUAUGUGAAGUGAUAUCACUUGAAGGUAGACUAUGAUAAGUAAAAAAUGGAUACUAUCAACCCUUAAGCAACCAUUAACAAAACACAAAGUUGUAGCUAAUAAACCAACAGAGGACAUAGAAUCAUAAAAAAAUACUUCAUUGGGCCCAGAGGAGCCAACACAAUCUUGAAAAAGAACAAGUAGGAAGACACACUUCCUGAUUUCAAAGCUUACUAGAAAGUGUGGUACUUGUAUAAUGAUAGACAUUGACUGCUGGAAUAGAAUUGAGUCCAGAAAUAAAGCCAUACAUCUAUGUUCAACUGAUUUUUCUGCAAGAAUCCCAUGUCUAUUCAAUGGGCAAGCAAUAGUCUUCAACAAGUAGUGCUGGAAUAACUAGAUCUCCACAUGCAAAAGAAUGACCUUGAAACAAUACCUCGCACCAUGCACAAAAAUUAACUCAAAAUGGAUCAAUGAACUAAAUAGAAGAACUAAAACCAUAAAACUUCUGGAAGAAAAAUAUAGAGGUAAAGCUUCUUGACUUUGUUUUUGACAAUGAAUUCUUAGAUAUACCAAAAGCAUAGGCAACAAAAGAAAAAAUAAAUUGGACUUCAUUAAAAUUAAAAAUUUUUGUGCAUCAAAGGACUUUAUCAACAAAAUGAAGAGACAGCCUAAAAAUGGGAGAAAAUAUGUGUCUAAAAAAAUUAAAUAUCUUAAAUAUGUAUAGAACUACAACUCAACAAAAAAGACUAGCAUCCCAAAUAAGUAAUGGGCAUUUCUCCAAAGAAGUAUUCAAAUGGUCAAUAGGCACAUAAAAGGAUGCUUGGUGUCAUCAGUCAUUGUUGUUAGGUGUCACCAUGUUGGCUCUGACUCGUAGUGACUUUAUAUAUAACAAUAAAAUGUUGCCCAGCCCUGUGUCAUCCUCAUGAUUGUUGUAUGUUUGAGUCCAUUGCUUUGAUUAUUGUGUCAGUCUAUCUAAUUGAGAGUUUUCCUUGUUUUCACUGACCCCCUACUUUCCAAUCAUGACUGUCCUUUUCUAGCGGUUGAUAUUUCCUGAUGGUAUGUCCAUAAUAAAGCUGAGGCAAAACCACAAUGAGAUACCACUUCAAACCCACUAGGAUGGUUACUAUCCGAAAAACAGAAAAGCAGUUUUAGUGAGGACACAGAGAAAUUUGAACCCUUCUGCAUUGCUAGUGGGUAUGUAAAAUGCAGCCACUGUGGAAAACGGCUUGGUGGUUCCUCAAAAAUUUAAACAUAGACUCACCAUCCCACAUAAAAAAAAUAUGACCCAGCAAUUCCACUCCUGGCUAUAUACCCAAAAAUAUUGAACGCAGUACACUAGUGUUCAUUGCAGCAUUCGUCACAGUAGCCAAAAGUGUAAACAACUCAAGUAUCCAUCAACAGAUGAAUGGAAAAUCAAAAUGUGAUAGAUACAGCUAUAGAAAUAAAACCAAAAAAAAAAAAAAAAAAAACCAAACCCAUUGCCGUUGAGUUGAUUCCGACUCAUAGCAACCCUAUAGGACAGGGUAGAACUGCCCCGUAGAGUUUCCAAGGAGCGCCUGGCGGAUUUGAACUGCCAUCCUUUAGGUUAGCAGCCGUAGCACUUAACCACUGCACCACCAGGAUAUCCAGCUAUAGAAAUAGAUAAUGGAAUAUUAUUCAGCCAUAAAGAGAAAUGAAGUUCUGACAUGUUUCAACAUGGAUGAAUCCUGAAAAUAUGCUAAAUGAAAUAAGUCAGACACAAAAGGGCAAAUAUUGUAUGAUCCCACUUACAUGAACUAUCUAGAAUAGGCAAAUGCAUAAGAGACAAAAGUUUAUUAGUGGUUACCAGGAGCUGGGAGUAAGGGGAGUGAUGAGUUACUGCUUAAGGGAUACUGAGUUUCUGUUUGGGGUGAUAUAAAAUUUUUGAAAAUAGUGGAGAUGAUUACCCAACAUGGUGAAUGUAAUGUCACUGAAUUAUACACUUAAAAAUGGUCAAAAUUGCAAUUUUUUGUCAUAUAUCAUUUACCACAAUAAAAUUUAAAAAUAAUACUUGGUUAAUCCAAAAGAAGGCAGAAAAAAGUAAAAGAGAACGAAGAACAGAGGAGAUAAAUACAAAACAACAAAAUGAUAGACUCAAACCUAACUAUAUAAUAACUAUGUUAACUAUAAAUCCUCAAAAUACCCCAAGUAAGAGGCAGAGAUCAGAUUUAAAAAAGACUGAACUAUAUUCUGCCUACAGGAAAGAUACUUUACUGGAUGAACCCCCAAAACUAUUAUCCCGAAAUAAUCUUUAAACCUUAAACAGAAGACACCCCCUGAAGUUUUCUUAAAACCAAACAAUAUUUUAGCUUAACUAGUAGUGAAUGUCUACCUUGAGCAUUGUGCUCUUUUAAGAACUAUCUAUGUGGCAUCAAAUUGAAAACAACUAAAAAGAUUAGAUACGAAAUCUAAGGGGCAGUGAGUUUAUGUUAAUGGAGGAGGACAAUUCAGAAAAAAAGGGUGAGAACGGUUGCACAGGAAUGUAGUCAGUGUCACUGAAUGGUACAUGUAGAAAUUGUUGAAUUGGUGUAUCUUCUGAUGUGUAUAUUCUCAAAACAACAAAAAAUAAAUUAUAUAUUAAAAAAGAAAGAUACUUGAAAUAUAAAAAUACAAAUAAGAGCCAAACAAUGGAAAAAGAUACAAUGCUAGUCAAAAGAAAGCUGUGGUGGCUAUGUUAAUAUCAAAUUACAUUUCAGAGCAAAAUAUAUAUAUUACCAAGGAUUAAAGAAGGUAAUUUCAUAAUGAUAAUAAAGAGGACAUAACAAGUCUAAAUAAUUUUUACCUAAAGCGGAGUUCCCCAAAAUAUGUGAGGCAAAAGCUAAUAGAGCUUCAAGGAGAAAUAGUCAGAGGUUUUAAUACUGCUCUCUCAAUAAUCAGUGGAAACCCUGGUGGCAUAGUGGUCCGGUGCUAUGGCUGCUAAUGAAGAGGUCAGCAGUUUGAAUCCGCCAGGUGCUCCUUGGAAACUCUAUGGGGCAGUUCUACUCUGUCCUAUAGGGUCGCUGUGAGCCGGAAUUGACUUGACCGCAGUGGGUUUGGUUUUUGGUUAAUAAUCGAUAGAACAAGUAGACAGAAAAUCAUCAAAAACAUAGUAAAACUUGAAAAACACCAACCGACUUGGUAUGGUCAAUAUAUAUCCACCCUACAACAUCAGAAUGCAAGUUUUUUAUUGUAUGAGACCAUUAUUGUAAAAACUCAUGAAAAGAUUUACACACAAAAAGAAACAAUCUUUGAUGGUUAUGAGGGGGGGAGGAGUAAGGAUUUGAAAACACUAAAUAAGAUAAGUGGUAACUUUGGUGAAGAGUAAGACAGUACACAAUACUGGGGAAGCCAGCACAACUUGUACAAGGCAAGGUCAUGGAAGCUCCAUAGAUACAUCCAAACUCUCUGAGGGGCCAAACUGCUGGGCUGAGGACUGUGGGGACCAUGGUCUUGGAGAACAUUUAGCUCUACUGGUGUAACAUAGUUUAUAAAGAAAAUGUUCUACAUUCUACUUUUGUCUGUAGCGUCUGUGGUCUUAACAGUCUGUGAGUGGCCAUCUAGGAUACUCCACUGGUCUCACUCCUUCAGAAGCAAGGGAGAAUGAAGAAAACUAAAGAUACAAGGGAAAGAUUAGUCCAAAGGACUAAUGGACCACAACUACCACAGCUUCUACCAGACUGAGUCCAGUACAACUAGAUGUGCCCAGCUACGACCACUGACUGCUCUGACAGGCAUCACAAUAGAGGGCCCCGGAAAGAGCGGGAGAAAAAUGUAGAACAAAACUGUAACUCACACACACCCCCCAAAAAAAAAACCCAAAAACCCAAAAAAACAGACUUACUGGCCUGACAGAGACUGGAGAAACCCUGAGAGCAUGGCCCCUGGACACCCUUUUAGCUCAGUAAUGAAGUCACUCCUGAGGUUCACCCUUCAGCCGAAGAUUAGACAGGCCCAUAAAACAAAACAAGACUAAAGGGGAACACCAGCCCAGGGGCAAGGACUAGAACGCAGGAGAGGACAGGAAAGCUGGUAAUAAGAAACCCAAGUUUGAGAAGGGAGAGUGUUGACCUGUCAUGGGAUUGUUAACCAAUGCCUUAAAACGAUGUGUACUAACUUUUUAAUGGGAAGCUAGUUUGUUCUGUAAACCUUCAACUAACGUACAAUAAAACAUUUUUUAAAAGGAUACUAUGACCAAGAAAAAAAGAAUACAAAUGUUGCUCCAGUGCACACAGAACAUACAUGAAGAAAGACCACAUUAUGGCCCAUAAAAAAGUCAAUAAAUUAAAAAAUACUCAUUAUACAAAGUAUAGUCUCUGAUUACAAUGGAAUUAAACAUCAAUAACAGAUUGUUGAAAAUCCUCAAACAUUUGGGAACUAUGUUCUAAGUAAUCUUCUAAAUAAAUAAUCUGUGGGUCAAAGAAGAAAUCUGGAGGGAAAUUAGUAAUUUGAAACAAAUGAAAAUAAAAUCAGCGUGUCAGCAUUUGUGAGUUGCCGCUAAAGCAGUACUUAGAGAGAAAUUUAUAUCAUUAAAUACCUAUGUUAGAAACAAAGAAAGGUCCUAAAUUAGUGACCUCAGUCUCCAUCUUAAGAAACUAGAAAAACAAGAGCAAAUUAAAUCCAAAGUAAGCAAAGAAAAGGAAUAAUAAAGAUCAAAGUGGAAAUCAAUGAAAUAAAGGAAAACAGUAGAGAAAAAUCAAUGAAUCCAAAAGCUUGUUCUUUGGAAAGAUCAAUAAAAUUAAUAAAUGUCCAACCAGGUUGAUCGGGAAAGAGAAAAGACACAAAUUACCAAUGAGAGAGGCAACAUCACUACAAGUCUUACAGAUGUUAAAAGGUAAAAGAAUAUUAGGAAAAAAAAAAAAAAGUUGCCCUUGAGUUGAUUCUAACUCAUGACAACUCCAUGUGUUCACAUUCAACAGUGUAUAUGAACCCCACAAACUCCUUGAAAGACACAAAUUAUCAAAGUUCACUCAGGAAGAAAUAGCCUGAAUAGGCCUGUAUCUAUUAAUUGAAAUUGUAGUUAAAAUCCUUCCCAUAAAGAAAAUCCAGGCCCAGAUGCCUUCAGUGGAAGAGAGAAUACAAAUUCUACACAAACUCUUCCCAAAAAUCAAAGAGAAGGGAAUACUUCUCAGCUCAUUCUGUACGGCCAGUGUUACCCAGACAAACAUAAGAAAAUAAAGUUACAGGCCAGUAUUCCUCCUGAACAUACAUGCAAAAAUUCUAAACAAAAUUUUAGCAAAUAGAAUUCUACAAUGUAAUAAAAGUAAUAAAUCAUGAACAAGUGAGGUUUAACCCAGGAAUUCUGUGUUGAUUUAACAUUCAAAUAUCAAUGCAAUUCACCAUACAAAUAAACUAAAAAAUUAAAUCAAAUGACCGUUUCAAUCAAUACAGAAAAAGUAUUUGGCAAAAAUCUAACAUCCAUUUCUGAUUAGAUAAAUUAAAAAAAAGAAACUGUCAAGCAAACUAAAAAUAGCAGAGAACUUCCUCAGUGUGAUAAAGGACAUUUAUGAAAACGCUACGGCUAACAUACUUAACCAUGAAAGACUGAAAAGCUUCCCCCUAAGAUCAGGAACAAAUCAGGGCUGUCUGCUCUCACCACCUCUAUUCACCAUUUUCCUGGAAAUUCUAGACAGUACAAUCAGGUAAGAAGCAGGAAUAAAAGGAAUCCAGGUUGGGAAAAAAAGAAAUAACACACUUUAUUCACAGAUGCAUGAUUGUCUAUGUGGACAAUCUGAUGGAAUCUCUACCAUGUACAAAGAAGUGCAAAGUACAAAGAAGUACAAUGUACGAAGUAGUACAAAGAAGUGCAAAGUACAAAGAAGUACAAUGUACGAAGUAGUACAAAGAAGCUAUUAGAACUAAUAAGUGAGUUUAUCAAGGUUAAAGGGAAAUUUUGAGUUUCAAGGGGAGACCAGGGUUUGAUUCCCAGCAAGUGCACCUCAUGCUCAGUGUGAUGGUUAAGGCUGUGUGUGAACUUGGCUGAGCCGUGAGUCUCAAUGGUUUGGCAGUUAGGUAAUGAACUAUCCUCUUUUGUAACAUGAUGUAAUCAUCCUCCAUGAUAUGAUCUGAUAUGAUCAGCCAGUCAGUUGUAGGGGAGUUUCCUUGGGAGUAUGGCCUGCAUCCAAUAUAUAUCAACAUUCUGUCAAAUCUCAUUCACUCGUUCCGGAUUCUGCAUCCGGCUUGUCAUCAACCGACCUUUGGUUCUUGGGACUUGAGCCAACGGCCUGCCAUCUGACCUGCCAAUUCUGGGAUUCGUCAGCUUCCACAGCCCCAGGGUUCAACAACCUGUUAUCUGACUUAGUUCAUCAGCUCCUGCAACCACAUGAAUCAGGAGAAGACUCCAGCCUGAUGCCUGACCCACAGAUUUAGAACUUGCCAGCCUCCACAGCUGUGUGAACUAUUUCCUUGAAAUAAAUCUCUCUAUAUAUAUUUAUAUAUACAUUUCACUGGUUUUGCUUCUCUAGAGAACCCAGCCUAAGACACAGCCACCACCUAUCUAUCAGUGGAGGCUUUACGUGUUGCCAUGAUGCUGAGCAGUUUCCAGCGGAGCUUGCAGACUAAGAUGGACUAGAAAGUAUGGUCUGGUGAGCCACUUCUGAAAAUCAGCCAGUGAAAGCCCUAUGGAUCACAACAGUCCAGUCUGCAACUGACCAUGAAGAUGGCAUAGGAUAAGGCAGCAUUUUGUUCCAUUGUGUAUGGGUUUGCCGUAUGUCGGGGCCUGACUCGACUGUAGCUAACAACAACAACAUCAAGGUUACAAGAUACAAGAUCAAUGUACAAAAGUCAAUUCUACUUUGAUAUACUAGCAAUAAACAAUUGAAGUAAAAAUCCAACAUUUACCAUAGGAUGAAACAUAUGAACCAGUAAUGAGUCUGGCAAAAAAUGUGAAAGACCUGUACACUACAAAAUAUUCCUAUGAUAAUUAAAGAAGACCUAAAUAAAUGGAGAGAUAUACCUUGUUUAUGAGUCAGAAGAUUCCAUAUUGUUAAGAUGUCAAUUCCCCGAAAACUGACCUGUAGAUCCAAUGCAAUCCCAAUCAAAAUCCCAGCAGGCUUUUGUGUGUGUGUGUAUGUGUGUAGAAAUUGAAAAGCUUAUUUUACAAUUUAUGUAGAAUUGCAAAGGACCUAAGAUAGCCAAAACAACUCUGAAAAUGAAGAACAAAUUUGGAGGACUAACAUUACCUGAUUUCAAAAAUUAUUCUAAAACUACAGCAAUUGAGACAGAACCAAUUAAGAAGAAUCAAUAGAUCAGUGGUAAAGGGCUUGUGUCCAAAAUAUAUAAAGAACUCUCAAAACUCAUCAGUAAGAAAAACAAUCCAGUUAGAACAUGAACAAAUAUUUCACCAAAGAAGAUAUAAAGAUGGCAAAUAAGCUAAUGAAAAAAUACUCAUCAUUAGCCAUUAGAAAAGUGCAAAUUAAAACCACAAUGAGAUAUCAUUACACUCCUAUUAGAAUAGUUAUAAAGAAAUUUAUGUAACAUUUUAUAAAUAAAAAAAAUUGAUAGUAUCAAAUUCUGCCAAGGAUGUGGAGAAGCUGGAACUCUAUUACAUUGCUUGUGGGAAUGUAAAAUGUCACAGCCAUUGUGGCAUAUAGUUUGGCAGUUUUUAAUGAAACUAAUAUUAAAUUGCCAUAUAAUCCUGUAUGUAUAUUAUGCAUUUUUUGUAAUACUCUCAAACCACAUAUGUACAAGGCAGUGUUAGUGUAUGUUUCUGUAAUAUGUAUAAGGCAUUGUUAUGUUCCAUAUAUGCUCUUAAGCCACAGAUGCACAAGUCACUUAUAAAGUGACUUAAAGUAUAAAAUUUCUGAACUUAAAAACAGAAAAAUAGAAGCAUGUGAAGAAUGGUGAACAACCUCUAAUUGACUUUGCCUUUAGAUGUUGUGAUAAAAGUAAAUAUAACAUCUUUGUAAACCAGCCUUGAGACGUAAGUAAAUUGUAAACAACCUCACUAAUCUCUAAUUUGAGGAAAGGAUGCAAUAUUUUG